AUGGGAUGCCUCCAUGGGCAAGGGGUUCUCAAGUGGUCUCAGUGUGACGAAGACGACCGGAGCGCAUUGAUCCUCGCCUGCCACGGUGGACACACGCGUCUUGCGCUGCGUCUUCUUGAUGAGAUCAAUAUCGAGGAGUAUGCUAUACAAAACCACCCGUUCCACGUGCUGAAGACUGCAACCGAGUUUGGUCACGAAGUUCACGCACUGGCGAUCGACGUGCUCCGUCUUAUGGACAGUCUGAAUCACGUGAAGGUGUCCAAGGCCACGUGGUUCUUUGUUCACAGCACUGCGAAUGAAAGUACCGGCCCCAGACACCCACUGGUUAUGGCAAUCGUGGAGCAGUACGCGAAGGAUUGGCGUUGGGAGCAAGUCAAACCGGUAUUUCUUCUUCGCGAGCGGGACGACAAAACUGCGGGCGGUCAGUUUGGACCGCAUAUGGUAGCCCAGCUUCCUGACCAAGUAUUCCGCUUGGUUGCAGAGUUUGUCCAGUCUAAGGACGUCCCCAAGCCAGAAGCACACAACACGGUUCUCAGGGGCCUGGAGGAGAUGGUCGAUGCGCUGCGUAGCAUACUACGACGACGACUUCAUUAA